AUGGCCAUUCUCAGUCCUAUCACAGGAGCCGCGACGACGGUGCUCAGUACACUCACAUCACAAGCCUGGGCUCCUCUGGUAUCCUUAUGUAGGAAUGGCACUCUUUCGCAAUUACACCAAGGCAUACAGCUCGGAAAGCUGGUUCUUUUCGAAGGUGGCUCGAGCAAGGCCUCGACAGUCUUUGGUAUCGAUAAGGAAUCAUUGCCAAUCGCAUUCCUAGAUGUACACAAUGAGAAGUUCUGGGUGCGAUUGGCGCUCUUCGGCGACAUGGGUUUCGCAGAGAGCUACAUGCUGGGAGAGUUUACUACGCCAGAUUUGACCAGGUUCUUCGAACUUUUCAUUCUGAAUCGGAAUCACCUGUCCAACGGUUCGACGUGGACAUCUGCCAUUUCCACAGGCCUUGCCAGUCUAGUUCGUGGUAGCAACAACCUAAAGAAUGCACGCCUCAACAUCGCCGCGCAUUACGACAUCUCGAACGAAAUGUUUUCCGCGUUUCUCUCGCCCGACAUGACUUACUCAUGUCCGAUAUGGCUCCCGAAAUCAAAUCCUCAAUCCUCGACCGAAAGUCUGCACGAUGCACAAAUGCGGAAGCUAGAUCGCUACAUCGACAAUACACAUAUCAUAGGCACGGAUCAUGUUCUCGAGAUUGGGACAGGCUGGGGUAGUUUCGCGAUGCGAGCAGUUCAGCGGACGGGCUGCAGAGUAACAUCAUUGACUCUUUCGAUUGAGCAAAAGGAGCUAGCAGAGGAGCGAAUACGCGAAGCGGGCAUGUCAGACAGUAUCACUGUGCUCCUAUGCGAUUACCGAAACCUCGAAGUCCCCGAAUCAGGAGCUUUUGACAAGAUUGUCUCGAUUGAGAUGUUGGAAGCCGUCGGCAAAGAAUAUCUGGGAACAUACUUCAAGUGUGUAGACAAGCUGUUGAAAAAGGAAGGUGGCAUAGCAUGCUUCCAAUGCAUCACGAUGCCAGACGCGCGAUACGAAGCCUACGCCAAAUCCGACGACUUCAUCCGCCGCUAUAUUUUCCCUGGCGGUCAUCUACCUGCUGUCUCAGAGCUUGUUGGCUCAAUACACAGCGCAUCCAGUGGCUCGCUCAUCGUCGACAGUAUCGAGAAUAUUGGACCACACUACCCGAAAGCGCUGCGAUUAUGGAGGGAAGAUUUUUUGGAUAACUGGGAAGGGAAGAUCAAGCCACAACUCAUCAAGGAGAAGAGUAGUGAGGGCAUGGAUGAUGAAGGUGCAGAGGUGUUCAAGAGGAAGUGGGAUUACUACUUCAGGUAUUCGGAAGCGGGUUUCGUGACAAAGACGCUGGGUGAUGUCAUCAUCACCGUGGCAAGGGAAGGCACGAUGCAAAUGAUGGAGAAUGUGCCGUUGUAG